GUCACCCAUCCCGUUUCGCCUAAACCAACACAAUAUCCUUUCACUAUUGUCACAGCGUCCAGUGCCAACCAUUUAUGUUCGCUUGAAAACUUUCUUUAUUCAUUGUAUGCGUUGCGUGAAGAGCUCGAACCACACGAAUUUCCGCGCGUCGUUCUUUAUAAUAUCGGCAUGAAUCGUACCCAACUACCUGUGCUUGACAGUUUUCUAGAAAACGGGUUGAUUGAUGACUUGGAAUUAUUUGAUUAUUUUAAAUACCCUCGAUUCUGGGAUGUUGCUAUCAAUGCUGGUGAAUAUGCCUGGAAGACCGGUAUUGUUCACGAGGCCAGUAAAAAAUACACACAACAAUCCAAUGGGCUUUUAGUUUGGUUGGAUGCUGGUAACAUUAUUACCGCUGACUUUAUUCGCAACAUUCCACACAUUAUUCAUCAACAAGGCGGAUUUUGGUCCCCUCGAUCGUCCAAAACCAUGACUGCAUGGACUCACCCAGGACUUUUUGAGUAUUACGGUGAGGAUGCAGCUACGGCCAAAGUAAAAUAUAGUAAAAACCACAACUGUAACGGAGCUGCUUUGGGUUUCGAUACGAAUAACAGCACUAUUAUGGACGAAUUGAUCACACCUUGGUACGAAUGUGGCUUGAAUAAAAACUGUAUUGCACCACCAGGCUCAUCGCGAAAGAACCAUCGUCAAGAUCAAGCUGCUUUAACUUAUCUUGCCUACCGUAGUGGUAAAAAAUGUACAAUGAUGCCCAGCUUUUACCAUGGUUUACAAAUUCAUCGUGAUAAAUCUUGUCGAUCAGAAUUAAUGAGUUUAGAUUUGCAAAAGAAGCUGAAUCACCCUAGUUCUAUCGAUUUACCCAAAUGGUAUGCCAGUAAUACUUUACAGCUGUAUCAUCAUCCAGAAUGGAGAUAUCCUGAAGGCCAGAUCCCUUCAAAUCUUGCAAAACUAUUGACACCUCCAGCCGCAAACAAUCCUUAUCUCUAUCAAAACUGAUUCAUUAUCAACUAUUCAAGAUAAUAAGCAUCAUCUUUCUGUACAUAUUCACUUGUCAUAUAUAGACGCCUAUUUUAUACAUAAUUCUUCUUUUUUUUUCUCCGAUACAUGCAGCUAAUACAAUAUACCAUCAAAUGGAUAUUAUACUCAUUCUACAGAUAGCUCACAUGAAGGAGCCAACAAAAAGCCUUCAGUAAGCUAAUGGGUUGACAUUAAAAAUUCAUUGGAUAUUUUAUGCUCAAUAACAGUGUAGUACGUAAUAGUUGGUACAAGGGCUUAGCUUCUUUUCUUUUUUUAGAAGCGGGCGAUAAGUGCCUAGACUUUGCGAACAUUGAAGUCGUUUACGAGGCAUAUAACAGUCUGCUUUGAUGCUUUUGAGGCGAGUUCAUCUU